AUGGAUCAUAUCGUUAAUUCCUUAGGGACACUUUUACAUCUGCCACUCCAUUCCAUCGAACUUAUUCCAGGAGAUGGGAGCGAGCUGCUCGUGCAGCAUUCACAAAACAACGAUAAACUCACGCCUGGGCUCCAUUCUCCAUUUCUGCUGGUGGAGGGAAACCUUGGGGUCCCACAAAAGGUCCUGUACAAAGCAUACAUAGCGGCCGCUGGUCUCUUCACUCAGCUGCGCCGACAUCGUCGUCGAUCCCACGACAACCGGCUCACAGUGCAAGAGGUGGAUGAGCUGAGGCUUGUAUCAGUUGUCCUGCUACUCGCAAAUCCUGCACAUCAAUCCGCGUUGAGUAUCAGAAAGCAGCUCGUGCAGGAGAACUUGAUCGAUGCGGAGCAUGAGCUCCGAACGACAGAGGCAUUACUUACCCUUCGUGACGGCUCGAAGCAGUCCAUUCUAUGGCAUCAUCGCAGGUGGCUACUCCGGCGAUUAUUCCUCACGGUUAUCGAGAGAUUUCCGCCUCUAGCCGAUGACGACUCGCUGCUCUAUUACCAGAUACCUGCCGAUGCGCUUCGAUCCGAGCUCAAAAUUGCUUCCAGGGCAAGCGAGACGUACCAUCGAAAUUAUUUUGCUUGGUUGCACCGAUUCAAGGUACUCGAAGCUUUAUCCUCGCUCGCACGAUCAUCUCCUUCUCGCGACUCCUACCGUCGGCUCCUCGCAGAGGAAUAUGCGGCUAUCCAACAAUGGGUAGAACGGCACGUCUCAGACUAUACGGCUAUGCAAUAUAUGCGCAGCUUGUACACAGUCGCCCUCGAGGUCUUUCCACUAAACGUGUCCAGCGAUGAGACCACUGCGAGAUAUCAAUCGCGCCUCGCUGACCAUCCCUCGUUGCUAGAGCACGCGCAAUCUCUCGUCGAGUUAUACCCCAACCACGAAUCAUUGUGGUUAUAUUUGCGGGCUGGGAUACCUGCUACGCCGCCCCGGGACUAUGCCACGGCCCUCGCCCGCAAACUCCUCGACCAGCAUGCAGAAGAUGGCGCCGAGUCGGAGGGCGUCCGCGCGCACGCACAUCGAUAUCUUGCCUGGUUGGAACGUCAGCGCUAUCGCGAGCCUCACUGCGCGGAGCCGGUAACCUGGCACAAGGCCCUUGCGUUUUCGCAGGCAUCAAACCUAUACUGCACCUAUGCAGGUGCCUAA